CAAGAGCAAACAAGUCCCACUGACACAGUCACUUCUGAGCCUGUUGGUACCACUUUGGUAUCUGAUCAAACCAGUCAAACAGAUUCAGUAACAUCUGACCCAGCAGAGACCUCCUCAACACCUGAGCAAACCAAUCCCACUGACACAGUAACAUCAGAUUCUGGCCAGACAACCAUGUCAUCUGACCUUACAGGUUCUACAGAUACAUUUACAUCUGAGCCUGCUGGAACCACCUUGGAAUCGGAAUCAGCUGUUACAACUGAUUCAAUAACACCUGAGACUGCAGAGACAACUUCAGCACAAGAGCAAACAAGUCCCACUGACACAGUCACUUCUGAGCCUGUUGGUACCACUUUGGUAUCUGAUCAAACCAGUCAAACAGAUUCAGUAACAUCUGACCCAGCAGAGACCUCCUCAACACCUGAGCAAACUAAUCCCACUGACACAGUAACCUCAGAUUCUGGCCAGACAACCACGUCACUUGACCUCACAGGAUCUACAGACACAGUUACCUCUGAGCCUGCUGGAACCACCUUGGAAUCGGAAUCAGCUGUUACAACUGAUUCAAUAACACCUGAGACGGAAGGGACAACAUCAGCACUAGAGCAAACAAGUCCCACUGACACAGUCACUUCUGAGCCUGUUGGUACCACUUUGGUAUCUGAUCAAACCAGUCAAACAGAUUCAGUAACAUCUGACCCAGCAGAGACCUCCUCAACACCUGAGCAAACCAAUCCCACAGACACAGUAACCUCAGAUUCUGGCCAGACAACCAUGUCAUCUGACCUUACAGGUUCUACAGAUACAUUUACAUCUGAGCCUGCUGGAACCACCUUGGAAUCGGAAUCAGCUGUUACAACUGAUUCAAUAACACCUGAGACUGCAGAGACAACUUCAGCACAAGAGCAAACAAGUCCCACUGACACAGUCACUUCUGAGCCUGUUGGUACCACUUUGGUAUCUGAUCAAACCAGUCAAACAGAUUCAGUAACAUCUGACCAAGCAGAGACCUCCUCAACACCUGAGCAAACCAAUCCCACUGACACAGUAACAUCAGAUUCUGGCCAGACCACCAUGUCAUCUGACCUUACAGGUUCUACAGAUACAUUUACAUCUGAACCUGCUGGAACCACCUUGGAAUCGGAAUCAGCUGUUACAACUGAUUCAAUAACACCUGAGACUGCAGAGACAACUUCAGCACAAGAGCAAACAAGUCCCACUGACACAGUCACUUCUGAGCCUGUUGGUACCACUUUGGUAUCUGAUCAAACCAGUCAAACAGAUUCAGUAACAUCUGACCCAGCAGAGACCUCCUCAACACCUGAGCAAACCAAUCCCACUGACACAGUAACAUCAGAUUCUGGCCAGACAACCAUGUCAUCUGACCUUACAGGUUCUACAGAUACAUUUACAUCUGAGCCUGCUGGAACCACCUUGGAAUCGGAAUCAGCUGUUACAACUGAUUCAAUAACACCUGAGACUGGGGAAACCACAUCAGCACAAGAGCAAACAAGUCCCACUGACACAGUCACUUCUGAGCCUGUUGGUACCACUUUGGUAUCUGAUCAAACCAGUCAAACAGAUUCAGUAACAUCUGACCCAGCAGAGACCUCCUCAACACCUGAGCAAACCAAUCCCACUGACACAGUAACAUCAGAUUCUGGCCAGACAACCAUGUCAUCUGACCUUACAGGUUCUACAGAUACAUUUACAUCUGAGCCUGCUGGAACCACCUUGGAAUCGGAAUCAGCUGUUACAACUGAUUCAAUAACACCUGAGACUGCAGAGACAACUUCAGCACAAGAGCAAACAAGUCCCACUGACACAGUCACUUCUGAGCCUGUUGGUACCACUUUGGUAUCUGAUCAAACCAGUCAAACAGAUUCAGUAACAUCUGACCCAGCAGAGACCUCCUCAACACCUGAGCAAACCAAUCCCACUGACACAGUAACCUCAGAUUCUGGCCAGACAACCACGUCACUUGACCUCACAGGAUCUACAGACACAGUUACCUCUGAGCCUGCUGGUACCACCUUGGCAUCAGAAUCAACUGAUCCAACUGAUUCAAUAACACCUGAGACGGAAGGGACAACAUCAGCACUAGAGCAAACAAGUCCCACUGACACAGUCACUUCUGAGCCUUUUGGUACCACUUUGGUAUCUGAUCAAACCAGUCAAACAGAUUCAGUAACAUCUGACCCAGCAGAGACCUCCUCAACACCUGAGCAAACGAAUCCCACAGACAGAGUAACCUCAGAUUCUGGCCAGACAACCAUGUCAUCUGACCUUACAGGUUCUACAGAUACAUUUACAUCUGAACCUGCUGGAACCACCUUGGAAUCGGAAUCAGCUGUUACAACUGAUUCAAUAACACCUGAGACUGCAGAGACAACUUCAGCACAAGAGCAAACAAGUCCCACUGACACAGUCACUUCUGAGCCUGUUGGUACCACUUUGGUAUCUGAUCAAACCAGUCAAACAGAUUCAGUAACAUCUGACCCAGCAGAGACCUCCUCAACACCUGAGCAAACCAAUCCCACUGACACAGUAACCAUCAGAUUCUGGCCAGACAACCAUGUCAUCUGACCUUACAGGUUCUACAGAUACAUUUACAUCUGAGCCUGCUGGAACCACCUUGGAAUCGGAAUCAGCUGUUACAACUGAUUCAAUAACACCUGAGACUGAAGGGACAACAUCAGCACUAGAGCAAACAAGUCCCACUGACACAGUAACUUCUGAGCCUGUUGGUACCACUUUGGUAUCUGAUCAAACCAGUCAAACAGAUUCAGUAACAUCUGACCCAGCAGAGACCUCCUCAACACCUGAGCAAACGAAUCCCACUGACACAGUAACCUCAGAUUCUGGCCAGACAACCAUGUCAUCUGACCUUACAGGUUCUACAGAUACAUUUACAUCUGAGCCUGCUGGAACCACCUUGGAAUCGGAAUCAGCUGUUACAACUGAUUCAAUAACACCUGAGACUGCAGAGACAACUUCAGCACAAGAGCAAACAAGUCCCACUGACACAGUCACUUCUGAGCCUGUUGGUACCACUUUGGUAUCUGAUCAAACCAGUCAAACAGAUUCAGUAACAUCUGACCAAGCAGAGACCUCCUCAACACCUGAGCAAACCAAUCCCACUGACACAGUAACAUCAGAUUCUGGCCAGACCACCAUGUCAUCUGACCUUACAGGUUCUACAGAUACAUUUACAUCUGAACCUGCUGGAACCACCUUGGAAUCGGAAUCAGCUGUUACAACUGAUUCAAUAACACCUGAGACUGCAGAGACAACUUCAGCACAAGAGCAAACAAGUCCCACUGACACAGUCACUUCUGAGCCUGUUGGUACCACUUUGGUAUCUGAUCAAACCAGUCAAACAGAUUCAGUAACAUCUGACCAAGCAGAGACCUCCUCAACACCUGAGCAAACCAAUCCCACUGACACAGUAACAUCAGAUUCUGGCCAGACAACCAUGUCAUCUGACCUUACAGGUUCUACAGAUACAUUUACAUCUGAGCCUGCUGGAACCACCUUGGAAUCGGAAUCAGCUGUUACAACUGAUUCAAUAACACCUGAGA